UGAAUGACAGAUAUGAUGAAAGAAAAAGCUCAGCAGUCUGGAAGGUCAGAUCCACAUGCUGCAGCCUGACUUCCUUAUUUAUUCAGGAGGUGGGACGUGUCAUGGUGGCCUGCUGACAGAAAGAGACCAAACACAUUAUGCGUGAUCAUCAGGGUUGAGGAGACCCCAGAGAGAUGAUUGGCAGCCGAAGCUGAGACUUGACACAACUGUGAAUCAAUAACUUGGUGCUAUUCUAAAAGCCAGCUUUGGGUGCUUGGUGCUGAAGAUAGAGAAGUUGGACAGUAGAGAUUUUCUCAGUGUUGGAGUGAGGCCCUCUCUCUGCUGCAGUGGAGGGCUUCACAGACACAGCUAGUCUGGCUGGAUGCAUCACGCAGUAGAGCAGUUUGGUGGGCGUGGCACACGGGAUUCCUUCCCUCUGGAUGGACUCAACCGGGGACCACUGGCUCCCGUGGGCAGCCGCGCCUGGCAGCCAUCUGCCAGAUGUUUGCCUGGAAUGAAUCAACACCAGCUUCUUCCCCAUCUACCUCCUGGUCCUAUGGGCGGACUGAACCAACCCAGUAAAUUCUUUAAUAAUGGUCCCAUGCGAGGAAGUGAGAAGGUGGAGAUCCUACAACCAAUGUUACCAGGUCUGCAGAGGGAGCAGCAGAGACCUCCUCCUCAUCAUCUUCAUCCCCCCCCUCCUCAUAGGGCAUGGGAGCAGCUGGGCCAGCUGUAUGAAUCCCACCUCCCUCCUCAAGGACAUCCUGUUGUAUCCCUACCCAAUGAGCACUCACUUCGUCUCCAUAACCUAGGCUAUGCAGGCAGUGGCGGACCUCCUCCUAACCCCCAUCUUCCCCCCAACAGGCCAACCCAACUGCUGAAGUUUGGGGGUUCUCAGGAGCAGCAUGUUCCCAGGGGUCCACCAUUUCUGGGAGAGGAGAUGUGGGCUCAGGUGCACCAGCAAAGGGGCUACCCAGGGAAAAUGCUUGGAGGUCAGCUGAAGAGACCGGGCCCACCGUUGGGGGAGCAUUCUGUUAUCCAGCACACUCCUCCACCAACGUUGCACCCAUCCUCCCGCCCAGCUGCUGAGGACUGUCCCAGUCCCAGCAAGAGGAAAAAGAGUUCAGAUCAGGUGUUUCAUUCUGGGCUGCAGCGAUUUUCUGGCCCUCCUCAGGGUUUGUUAUCUCAGCAGCAGUCAUCAGCCCACCACCUCCCACCAAAACCGGCCUUCUGGAACCCCCUUCACAAGGACAACACACCAUGGCAGCCCCACACAUCUGAACGCAAGAACCCACCCUCCUCACAGGACUUCCAGGUCCGAACUGAAAAUAACAAACAAGGAAUGGGCAGUUAUACCCCAAAGUCCUCUCCUGCCCCUUCCACCCCAACAAAUUCCUCUCCCGGGGGCUACAACCAGGGUUGUGGCCCUCAGUUUCAAAAAGAUAAGUUUGAACCUCAGGCUAUGAAUCAGCAGUCCCCUCACUCCUCCUAUUCCAGCCCCAGCUCCAAACUGGGACUAGCUCCCACUUGUCAGGCCAUGGAGCCUCAAGGUGCUCAGAACCAGAGAGGCCCUGUCGUUGGGGGCCAAGGUGGCAACCAAGCUACCUCUCACAUGGUAUCUACCCCAACCAGGGGUAACAGAGAUCAGUACCUACACGCCCAAUCAUCACCAGCAAACCCUCCUGCAACCAGCAACAGCAGAAGCAGCAGUGUGCCUUACAGCCAGUUUCAGCCUCCAGGGCUGGGGCACCAGGGUCCCCCUCCUCCUCCGCCUCCUCCUGUCAGCUGCACCUCGGUACCUCAGCAACAGCAAAGUGGGCCCAGUGAGGCCUGGAGAUACCACAGCAGGCCCAGCAGUCACUCCCUGGAGUCAGGCACCUACAAGCCACCAGGACUGCUACCUCAGCGCCAGCAGAACCACAAUCGGGUUGUGGACAGUCUGGCUCCAGCUCCCCCUCAGCAUCACCACCACGUCAGCCCUCCCCUGCCUCCAACCCGUACCCCAGUCAUCACACCCAAUCUUCCCAUAUCCCAGGCCUGCUCUAUCAGCAGCUACAGCAACAGCUCCAGUGGCGCCACCAGUGUCUCCACAGUGACAUCACCCUCUGCUGGUUGCUCGAUGUAUAAAGGCAGCAGUUGGGGAGGAAGAGAUCCCUUACCCCAAAAAUCUACCAGCGUUGUGACUAGCCCCAACUCUCCGCUGGGUGCUCUGCAGAAGCCAGCUGCAACUGCCAACCAGCUUCACAAUCAGGGACGACCACAACUGGGAUCCACCGAGUCCCAGCCCAUGAAGAAGACGUCGUACUAUUCUCAGGCCGAAUCCUCGUCUUUGUUCUCAGUGCACCAGAGGUCAGGGGACAGUGUAAUAACAAGCAAAGUUUCAAAACCUGUUCCAAACUCUCCUACCACAUACUGCCCAUCCAAUCCAGCCCUCUCCUCCAGACUGGGUCCUCAACCAGACCGUGCCUCAAAUCAGGCUUACUCUCAGGCCCAGAUUUGUCCACCAGCCCCGGCCUCCGUUCCCCAGUCCAUCGAAGAGGCUCUUGACAAGCUUGAUGCUGAGCUCGAGGGACACAUGCAAGCUGAGGAAAGGAGGAAGAGGGACAGAGAGGAGGAGCAGAGGAAAAUGAGAGAGGAGGAGAGGAGGAGGAGGAGAGAAUGGGAAAUGAAGCAAAAGCAGCAGGAGGAGGAGAGGAAGAGGAAGGAGCUGGAAAAGAAGGAGGUGGAAAGAAAGAGGAGAGAACUAGAG